UAGAUCGACGGCAGAUCGAUUUCCAGCUCGACUCACUCGCUCACUAGAGCUUCAGCAUCACUGGAGGUUUGACGGUGCAACCGCCAUGACAUCGAGCACGGUCCCAGCAGCAGCGCAGAGCGACGGGGCGGCAAGCGGAGAGAGGCCGUAUGUCGUCUUUGGCUAUGGCUCGCUGAUAUUCAAGCCACCUCCCCAUGUCAUUGCAGAAACGCCAGGUUACCUGCAAGGCUACGUGCGCCGCUUUGCGCAGAAGUCGCAUGAUCAUAGAGGAACUCCAGAGAAACCUGGACGCGUCGUGACGCUCAUCCACAAGGAAGAUUGGGACCACGUCUCGCAAGCAGAUCCAUUUCCAGAUGACCAUGUCGUCUGGGGUGUUGCAUACACAAUAGACCCAGCGCACGAGGCCGAAGUGCGAGAGUACCUAGACUACCGAGAAAAGGAUGGAUACACCCUCGAAGAGAUAGAUAUCUAUGGUCUUGUAGAUGGACAUGAACAAAUCAUCCUUCCCAAGGCAUUCUGCUACGUCGGGCGACCAGAUAAUCCGUCGUUCAUUGGCUCCGAACCAAUGGACAAACUUGCAGAGCACAUAUGGCGCUCUGUCGGCCCCUCUGGCCUCAACAAGGACUACCUUUACAACCUUGCGGAAGCCGUGCGACGCCUUGCGCCCGAAUCACACGAUUCCCAUCUUUUUGAGUUGGAGACGAGAUGCCGUGAACUAGAUGAGAGUGCAAAGCACAAUCCGGCGGGAAAUAGUGUCAACGAUUUGUGACGUCGUGCGCGACCCGGUGCCAGAAUAACGCCCGGACCAAGAACCUGCACGAUUCGGCUUCGAAGCAGGUUUGCCCGAGCUCGUCAUUGCUCGAACACACGCUGUCAGCAACAACUAUACGCCGCGAAGGUGAUGGCUUCAGGGCCGUCUUUACGCGCGUAAAUCCAUCGUGUUUCGAAUGCACUGAAAUGGCCUUAGAUCGACAGCGAACUUGGGCGUAUGACCGUCGUGUAUUCAC